AUGCCGGGACUAGAAAAUGACUUAAUUUUAGAAUAUAAGUCCUCACGUUCACUAUCCAUUGGCAGUCAAGGCUCAACUCCAAUCUGCGAAGUAAAACGCUUUUACCCCACUGCCUACCGCUUCUCUCGGCACUCGUACUUCCGCACGGACGCCGUCAACAGCGGGGCGUGCCCCAAACCUCCCAAUGCCGGGCGCAUGGCGCCCCCACUCGCUGGAAACCGGAACCACAGGGCCGCGGGCAGACUUUGCGCGUGCGCACAGAGAACUAGGCCAAGCGAACUGAUGGUCGAGAAAGACGGGCCCGGAGGCUGCGCGCCCGCCGCUGACGUCACAGGCGUGGGCUGGCUCCGCCGGGGCGGGCUACCAGAGAACGCGGCCGGGUGGGGAGGCGCGCAGCUGAAGAAGAAUGCGAUUGGCGGUUUGAAAACGGCGGUUCUGGCUGAGGCGGAGGUGGGCGGGCCAAGUAGUGGGGCCUUAUCUGGUGCUGUCGCGGAAGCACCAGAAUUAAAUUCAAGGAGGUUUAUAUCCUCUGGCCGGUCUCUUGGAUGUCAGCCCGCUGGUUUAAAAAGGAAAUUUACUGGUUUUCAAGGACCACGUCAGGUUCCAAAGAAAACGGUUAUUACAGAAAAUGGUGAAUCAUCUACAUCACUUGAGGCUAAGAAACCCAGCCCUACUUUUUUUUCUCCAUUCUACAGCACACCUCCUUUGUUUCCUACUGUUGGCAAUAAAAAUACAAAUACUAUGUCAACAGACCCUGAGAACAUUGUGACUUACAAGAACAGAGAGAGAAAUGGCAUGCCUUUUUCUUCAGUUGUCUCUGAUCCAUCCUUCAAGAUUAACCCAGCAAUGCUAUGUGAAGACAAUUAUUUUUGCUCUGCUAUCAGUUCUGGAAGUAACCAUUCAGACUCUUUACUGACCAGUGAGCCUAAGAAAAGAGAUAAUUUGUCAUCUCAUUGUUUAGGAGUUUCACAAAACAUCAGAAGCAAAGCACAGAUAUUAGCUCUUCUGAAGUCCAAAUCAGCUAGUACAUGUGAGAAACUAAAUUCUGAGGUUACAGGACACUUUCCUCCAAUACAACCACAAGAAACUUUAAAAAUUGCUACUAAACCAAUUCAACAGGAAGAAUGGGCUGAGAUGAAGAGCACAGGGAAUUUACACUACCAGCAUCCAUCAGAAAAUACCAUGAGAAAUAAAAGCCGGUGGGCUGUGUAUUUAUCCUCACAGAGUUCACCUAUACUUUCUACUGCAGAUGGGAAUGAUAUGGAAGGGAAACCCAAGGCUCAGAAAGAUGAUAUAAAUUUGAAUUUGAAAGAACUUUUGGUGCAAAAAAGGACGCAGUUCUUUGAAACGUGUACUGAAAAGGGGAAAAAAUGUAAUGUAGACAAGCCAGUAGAUAAUAAUGAUCCAUCCUGGAAUCAGGAAGUAAAAUUAGAACUUCCUUCAUUCUGCGAAAGUGACAGCUUACAGGUUAGCAGUCCAGAAAAUGAUGGUGUAUUAUCAGAAUCUGACAUUCAAGAAAAUACUAAAAUACGUUUUAAUCAAAUGGACACAAAAGGAUCAAUUCUCAUUAGAGAAAAUGUUCAGGAGGCAAAUACACGUGGAACAUCAGAAAAAGAGUGUAAACAACUGGUGUCAUCUCUGCUAGAAACAGAACAUCUACAAAAUGAAUCUUCUCUAAGUAGCAAUCCUAGGAUUUCUGAUGACAUUACAGACAUGUUUUCUAAAAGUAAUACUGAUAAUGAAAGUCUUAAUAGUAUUCAUGAAUCUCUAAGUAAUGUAACAGAACCAUUUUUGCAGGUAACUUUUAAUCUGAACAAUUUUGAGACCAGUGACACAGAGGAGGAAUCACAAGAAAACAGUAGAAUUUCCCAGAAUUCAGACAGUUUGAUAAAGGAAAUUUUGGUUAACGAUGGCAAUUCAUGUGUUCAAAAGAGAUGUGAGAAUAUAAGCUGUCAAGAAAUCGGCAGUGAACAUUUGCCACUCUUAGCGUCUGUUGGUGGCAAACCUACAGAGACAUUUCCUGUUAAAGAGACUUUGCCAUUACCGUUUUGUGAUAAAACUUGUGUAGGUUUUGAUACACAGCCUAUUAAAGCUGGGAACACUGGAAGAGAAAUAGAGGAGUAUAGUGACAUAUUAAGUAAUUUUGAUUCAUCUUUAGAGUGUACUGAUGAUGUAUACAUAGAUAAUAAAGAAGAUUCUAAUAAAUCUAUGCAAAAAGUCAGAAUUAACUAUGAUUUUGCCUUACUCCCAAAUGAAUCUAAAGAUACAAGCACAAAUUUACAUAUUCCUCAUUUUUUAAACAUAGCCACUGAUCAGACUCCUGAAAACAAUAGCCCAUUUUCAGAAGAUGCUCAAUCUCAGCCUACUAUUGUGGGAAGUGACUUAGACAAAAAUGAUGAACAGAUUUUACCAUCAACCUCCAGCAGUGACAACAGUAUCCAACUAUUAAACAGCAAUCAGAACGACUCCGAAUGUAUUACCCUUGAUAAAUCAAAUAUGCAAAUUUCCAGUUCUUUGUUUUACCCACUGGGAAAAAAGCAUGUUACUUCCACAGAAGCACUUAUACUUGAAUCUGAAGAUUUGGGAGGGAUUAGAAGUUUAUCCCAUGACCAUAUUGAAGUCGAAACUGCCAGAGAAAGCAAACAAUGCUGGAAUGAUCCUAGAAAUUCUUCAGAACUUUCUGGAUUAGUAAAUAACAUUGCCCUUUUAAAGUCCCUGUCAGAACACAGAACGGCUUUAGACAGCUUGGAAAUACUGAAAAAGGAAAAUACUAUCUUUCAACAACAAGGAACUCAACCGAUACAUGAGCCAGAGAGCAGUUCUGAAGCUAGGAAACCAUUCACUACAGAAGUUUCACAAGCUAUACCAAAGUCUUCUCAUCCGAACCAGGAUUCUCAACAGUUCUUUUCCUUGGGAAGUGAAGAAGAGACUGCUUUUCUAGCUGUUACUUCCAAACAAAUAGAGAGAAAAACCUGUGACCCUAAGCCUGUUGAGUUUCAAGGGCAUCAAGUGAAAGGAUCCGCCACUAGUGGUGUGAUGAUCAGAGGACACAGCGCACAGCUGGGGGGCAGUCACUUUCCAGACAGCACUGAGUGUGGAAACUUCAUGACAGACGCUUGUUUUUUGACACCAAAGUUGCCCAGCACAUGUACGCAGACUGACUUCUUGCAGUCAACAUCACCAGAACAAAAGAUCUCUACGUUGAGCCCUGUAUCUAUGUUUUCUUUGAACUCAAGAGAUGAAGAUUUCAUGCUAGAAUUCUCUGAGAAGUCCCUGAAAGCAAGAACCUUACCUGGUGAUCUUCACUUUCUCAACUUGGAGGGAACAAAAAAAUCCAGUUCGCUGGAGAAUGAGAACCUUCAAAGGCUUUCAUUAGUAAGUAGAAGCCAAGUUCCACUUACUACUUUGCCACCUACUCACGGGCCACCUGACUUAGAUUCUUGUGCACAUGUGUUCAACUGUAACACGCAAGAAUCUUCUGCUUCCCCCAUGUUCAACUCGUGUGAGGAGUCUGCAGUUCCUUUGUUUAGCUUUGGGCCUGAGGACCAAAGUGAAACUUCUUUCUCUAAAGAAUCUACGGCAGUGACUCGAGGGGAUGUGUCACUUCUCGAUAAUAUAUCUACUCAAAGCAAGUGGCUGAAAUACCAGAACACAUCCCAGUGCAACUUGACUGCUCCAAACAGAGUUGAUACGAACGUAACUGAUGGCUUCUUUGCCGAGGCUGGUUCUGCAAUGCGUUUUAGCAACACAGGUGAAAGACAGAGGGGUGCUAUCUGUGAAAGCUCUUUAGACUCUGUGCGCUUGCAAAUGAUAAGAGGCAUGCUUUACCAACCGCAGCAGGAUUUUUGCAGUCAAGAUUUGGUUUCCAAAAAGAAAGCACUUUCUUUGAAUUUAAAGCAGAGUUUCAAGAAUGAAGAAAUUCAAAAUGUGUUAGGAGGGUCUGCUUGCUGCACCUACAGUACAAAGGAUUUACAGGAGAUAAAUUGCUCUGAGCUAUGCUUCCCAAGUGGGCAGAAAGUAAAAUCUGCUUAUCUUCCCCAAAGGCAAAUUUACAUACCAGCUGUUUUUCAGUCUCCUGCUCAUUAUAAGCAGACUUUUACAUCUUGUCUCAUAGAACAUCUAAAUAUAAUGCUAUUUGGAUUGGCACAAAGGUUGCACAAAGCUCUUUCAAAAGUCGACAUGUCAUUUUAUACAUCAUUGAAAGGAGAGAAACUGAAAAAUGUGGAAAAUAACGUACCAUCCUGCCAUCAUAAUCAACCUGCAAAGCUUGUCAUGGUUAAAAAGGAAGGUCCAAAUAAGCUGGGAAAAACGAUUGUCUUUUCAGAUGAUCUUUGGGUGGUUUCAAAAACCCUAGAUUUUGAACUGGAUACUUUUAUUGCACGUAGUGCUUUCUUUGGACCAUCAUCUCUCAAUGAGGUGGAGCUACUGCCUUUGAAAGGCUAUUUCCCUUCUAAUUGGCCCAUUAACAUGGUUGUCCAUGCAUUGUUGGUUUGUAAUGCUAGCACAGAGCUGACUACUUUGAAAAAUAUUCAGGACUACUUUAAUCCAGCUACUCUACCUCUCACACAGUACCUGUUAACAAUGUCUUCGCCAAGUGCAUUUAGCAACAAAAGAGUCAGUCAGAGAAAAUUUAUCCCACCAGCCUUCACAAAUAUCAGCACAAAAUUUGAACUACUCAGUCUAGGGGCAACAUUGCAGUUAGCUGGUGAGUUAAUUCAGGAACAUAAGUUAAACAAGGAUCAAGCCACAGCUCUAAUUCAGAUAGCUCAAAUGAUGGCAUCCCAGGAAAGUGCUGAAGAAGUGAAGGAACUGCAAAUCCACACCCUCCCUAUCACUAUCAUACACGGUGUUUUUGGAGCAGGAAAGAGUUAUUUGCUGGCAGUGGUGAUUUUGUUCUUUGUACGGCUAUUUGAAAAGAGUGCAGUUCCCAUGGCUGGAAAUGCAAGGCCAUGGAAACUUCUGAUUUCUUCUUCCACUAAUGUAGCUGUUGACAGAGUGCUGCUUGGGCUUCUCAGUCUAGGAUUUGAAAAGUUUGUCAGAGUUGGGAGUAUUAGGAAGAUUGCCAAGCCAAUUUUACCUUACAGCUUACACGCCGGCUCAGAGAAUGAAAACGAACAACUAAAAGAACUGCAUGCACUCAUGAGAGAAGACCUGACUCCUGUGGAAAGAGUGUAUGUGAGAAAAAGUAUUGAGCAGCAUAAACUGGGAACCAACAGAACGCUGCUCAAGCAGGUUCGAGUAGUUGGAGUUACCUGUGCAGCCUGCCCAUUCCCAUGCAUGAAUGAUCUUAAAUUUCCUGUAGUUGUGUUGGAUGAGUGCAGUCAAAUAACUGAACCAGCCUCUCUCCUUCCCAUCGCAAGGUUUGAGUGUGAAAAGCUGAUUCUUGUUGGGGACCCCAAACAGCUGCCUCCCACUAUUCAGGGUUCUGAUGCAGCUCAUGAAAACGGGUUGGAACAAACUCUUUUUGACCGACUUUGCUUAAUGGGUCACAAGCCAAUUCUCCUGAGAACUCAAUACCGUUGUCACCCUGCAAUCAGUGCUAUCGCUAAUAAUUUGUUUUAUGACGGAAGCCUCCUGAAUGGCGUUUCAGAAACAGAGAGGAGCCCUUUAUUGGAAUGGCUACCAACGCUGUGUUUUUACAAUGUUAAAGGACUAGAGCAGAUUGAAAGAGAUAACAGCUUUCAUAAUAUGGCAGAAGCUGCUUUUACACUCAAGCUGAUUCAAUCACUGAUUGCAAGUGGAAUAGCAGGCUCUAUGAUUGGGGUGAUCACGUUAUACAAAUCCCAGAUGUAUAAGCUUUGCCAUCUACUCAGUGCCGUGGACUUGGACCAUCCCAACAUGAAAACUGUGCAGGUGUCCACAGUAGAUGCUUUUCAGGGAGCUGAAAAGGAGAUCAUCAUUCUGUCCUGCGUAAGGACAAGACAAGUAGGAUUCAUUGAUUCAGAAAAAAGAAUGAACGUGGCAUUGACCAGAGGAAAGAGGCAUUUGUUGAUUGUGGGGAAUUUAGCCUGUUUGAGGAGAAAUCGACUAUGGGGGCGUGUGAUCCAACACUGUGAAGGAAGGGAAGAUGGAUUGCAACAUGCAAGCCAGUGUGAACCACAGCUGAACCAUCUCCUUAAAGAUUAUUUUGAAAAACAAGCAGAAGAAAAACAGAAGAAAAAGAAUGAAAAAGAGAAAAUCUAA